AUGUCUGACACUGAUAGUGCGUUUAAAACUUUAAAAUGGGAAUCUUGGAAAAUGAUUCACCAGUUGGCUUCGGCGAUUCUUAUUUGGACAUUAAUAGCAGCAAUGGUUUUGCCAAUUAUAGUCACACCAAUUUAUAUAAGUGUAUUCCGGUCAAAUCGAGAACGGGAUCGAACGACACCUGUGUAUCCCAUCACUUAUUAUUUCUACAAAAUGGUUUACGCCUUUUAUUUGACAAUAAUUUUCCUAUUCCUAUUGUAUCGUUAUGAGUUUCUACCUACCGAAUUUUACAGUAAAUGCCUAGCUGCUGUUCCCGUCUUAUUUGCUGUACAUUUGGUGCAUGUCCACCAUAUUCUUAUAUCCUGUUUAGCAAUUCAGAGAUUCCUUCUGUACUUUUUUCAAAAUUCGGAGAAAUUCGUUAGUUUUGGACUCAAAACUACCACUAAAAUCAUAUAUUUGAUUCAUUUUGUAUGCUUCAUUCCGUUUCCUGCAGCUUUUCUCAUUAAUAAGUUCAUUUUGAAUGAUAUUUAUGAUAUGAGAGAGUUUUCAAUGCUUUUAUCAAUGACAUAUAUAAAAUGCCUGAACUGGAUUAUUAUAUCGUCUGCAUUAUUAUACAUUCCAAUACACAUUAGUAUAUAUCGUCUUCGUCAUUUACAAUCUAUUGAAAAACAAAAACCCCAUAAAUACAUUCUUUAUCAAACAAUUAUCCUGUUUUGUUUCAAAAUUGUUGAGUCGUUAUCUCUUUCAAGAGUAAUACUGGACAAUCGGGAAGAUCAGUUAUUUGCACCAACUGUAGCAGAUAUUUUUGUCACCCCAUCACUGGUUCAAGUACCGUAUCUUUUUUGUAAUCGACGAAAUGUUCAGGCAAUGAGAAAACGAUUAUCACUGAAAUAUGUAUGGUCUAAAAUAAGGAAUCGAAAUAAUCGAGUGGGAGGAAUUAAUAAUAGUAAUAAUCAAGAUACAAUUUCAUAUAUUCAAUCGAGGAAUGUUUAA